UUUACAGGAGGAUUCGGAGGUGGACAGUUUUAUCAUGCACUGCAGCGUCUGGGUUGCAGUGUUGAGGCAGGAUGUAGAGUGCUGUGCAGGUUUUCCAGCAGAGUCCCUGAAAGGGACAGCUUUGAAAGACAGCGUCUAAACGAUAAGAAACAGGAGGAGUUACGGUACCUGACUCCGGCCGCUCGCAAUCAAGUGCUGUUCAGCAAGGAAGAUAAUUUUCAAGCGGUAUGAAGGCGGAGAAGGAUCCCGAAGACGAAGAAAAUAUCGUUAGAGAUCCAAGCUAAGUGUAGCACAGCAUGAAGAUUGUAGAGCAGGAAGACUUGUAAAGCGAGGGACGGAUUCACUGGUUAGGAGUUUGUCUGAGGGCGUGCUUUGUGAGCUGCAGAGAUUCGUAACCUAAGGCGAAGCCGUUUGCUGCUGGCAACAAGAAACUAAAUCCUGUCUAUGAUGAACUGUUGGUUUUCUUGUGCUCCUAAGAACAGACAUGCAGCAGAUUGGAAUAAAUAUGAUGACCGACUGAUGAAAGCUGCAGAAAGGGGAGAUGUAGAAAAAGUUUCCUCCAUCCUUGCUAAAAAGGGCAUCAAUCCAGGCAAACUAGACGUGGAGGGCAGAUCUGCCUUCCAUGUUGUGGCCUCAAAAGGGAAUCUUGAAUGUUUGAAUGCCAUCCUUAUCCAUGGAGUUGAUAUUACAGCCACUGACACUGCAGGAAGAAAUGCUCUUCACCUGGCUGCAAAGUAUGGGCAUGCAUUGUGUCUACAAAAACUUCUACAGUACAAUUGUCCCACUGAGCAUGUAGACCUGCAGGGGAGAACCGCACUUCAUGACGCAGCCAUGGCCGACUGUCCCUCUAGCAUCCAGCUGCUUUGUGACCACGGGGCCUCAGUGAAUGCCAAAGAUGUAGAUGGGCGGACACCACUGGUUCUGGCCACUCAGAUGUGUAGGCCAACAAUUUGUCAAAUGCUGAUAGAUAAAGGGGCGGAUAUUAAUUCCAGAGACAAACAAAACAGAACUGCUCUCAUGCUAGGUUGUGAGUAUGGUUGUAAAGAUGCUGUAGAAGUCUUAAUCAAAAAUGGUGCUGAUGUAAGCUUGCUGGAUGCCCUGGGCCAUGACAGCUCUUACUAUGCAAGAAUUGGUGACAAUCUGGACAUCCUAAGUUUACUGAAGACUGCAUCGGAAAAUACCAACAAAGGAAGAGAACUUUGGAAGAAAGGACCAUCUUUACAACAGCGAAAUUUGCCAUACAUGCUAGAUGAAGUAAAUACGAAGUCGGGUCAGAGGGAGCAUCCAAACAUUCAGGAUCUGGAGAUUGAAAAUGAAGAUUUGAAAGAGAGGUUGAGAAAAAUUCAGCAAGAACAGAGAAUAUUACUGGAUAAAGUCAACGGUUUACAACUACAGUUGAAUGAGGAAGUAAUGGUUGCUGAUGAUCUGGAAAGUGAGAAAGAAAAGCUGAAGUCCCUUUUGGCAGCUAAAGAAAAGCAACAUGAAGAAAGCCUGAGAACUAUCGAGGCUCUGAAAAAUAGAUUUAAAUAUUUUGAGAGUGAUCAUUUAGGAUCAGGAAGUCAUUUCAGUAACCGAAAAGAAGAUAUGCUUCUCAAACAGGGUCAAAUGUACAUGACAGAUUCACAGUGUACGUCCCCAGGGGUGCCGGCCCACAUGCAAAGCAGGUCUCUGUUAAGACCGCUGGAGCUGUCCUUACCCCAUCAAACCUCAUAUUCUGAAAAUGACAUUUUAAAGAAAGAGUUAGAAGCAAUGAGAACGUUCUGCGAGUCAGCAAAACAAGACCGACUCAAGCUCCAGAGCGAGCUGGCUCACAAGGUGGCCGAAUGUAAAGCUUUAGCAUUAGAAUGUGAACGGAUCAAGGAGGACUCAGAUGAGCAGGUAAAGCAGUUAGAAGACGCAUUGAAAGAUGUGCAGAAGAGAAUGUACGAGUCGGAAGGUAAAGUAAAACAAAUGCAGACACAUUUUCUUGCCCUUAAAGAGCACCUAACGAGUGAAGCAGCUGCGGGGAAUCACAGACUAACCGAGGAACUGAAGGACCAGUUGAAAGACAUGAAAGCAAAGUACGAGGGCGCGUCAGCAGAAGUGGGGAAGUUACGAAACCAGAUCGGACAGAGCGAGAUGCUAGUAGAAGAGUUGAAGCGGGAUGCAGGCAAGCUGGUGGAAGAGAACAAGCGACUGCAGAGGGACUUCAGUAUGUGUGAGACGGAGCGAGACAAGAAAGGCAGGAGGGUCACAGAGGCGGAAGGCCAGGUCAAAGAACUGUUGGCCAAGCUGGCCCUUUCCGUUCCGACGGAAAAAUUCGAGAGCAUGAAGAGCUUGUUGUCAAGUGAAGUCACUGAGAAGGCCAAGAGAAUAGGAGAGAUGGAAAGGGAGCAUGAAAAGUCACUUAGCGAAAUCAGACAGUUGACGAGAGAAGUUGAGAAUUGUAAGGCCAAGCUUGCUCAGCACGUCGGACCGGAGGAGCACGAGCAGCUCAAGAGCAGGCUGGAGCAGAGGGCGGGAGAACUUACGAAGAAGAUCACCGAACUCACGUCGAAAAAUCAGACGUUACAAAAGGACGUCGAAAAGGUGUAUCUGGAUAACAAGCUCCUCAGCCAGCAAGUCCGUAACUUAACAAGUGAAAUGAAGAGUCAUUACGUUCCUUUACAAGUGAGCGAAGAAAUGAAAAAGUCGCAUGACGUCAUGGUCGGUGAGCUGAAUCAACAGCUUGUAGAUGUCACGCAGAAGUACACGGAGCAGAAGAUGGCCAUGGAGAAGCUGCUGGUGGAGAAUGGCCGUUUGAGUGAGAACGUCAGCCGCCUCGAGACCGCGUUCGUGCCUCCUGAGAAACACGAGAAGGAGGUCACGGCUUUGAACUCCAGCCUUGCUGACCUCAGACAACAGCUCUCUGAGCUUCACAAAAAACGUGCCGGAGACCAAGAGAAAAUACAUGCACUCCUGUCCGAAAACACCGCGUUGAAAAAGAGCCUGAGUACUCAGUACGUGCCAGCUCCAGCCCACGAGGAGAUUAAAGCCGCACUGAGUGGCACCCUAGAUAAGACGAACAGAGAAUUACUAGAUGCGAAGAAAAACAUCGAGGAUCUCAGUCGGGAACUUGUAAAAACAAAAGAGGAGAAUGAGCUACUCAAAAGAAACCUGGAGAACACUCAGAACCAAAUGAAGGCCGAGUACAUCAGCCUCCGAGAGCACGAGGAGAAGAUGGGUGCCGCGAGUCAGAGCAUGAAGAGGGUACAGGAUGACAGUGCGGAAAUCCUGGCCAACUACAAGAAGGGCCAAGAGGAGAUCGUGACGCUGCACGCAGAGAUCGAAGCCCAGAAGAAGGAGCUCGACACGAUUCAAGAAUGCAUCAAGCUCAAAUAUGCUCCAAUCAUCAGCUUCGAAGAGUGUGAAAGAAAAUUUAAAGCGACAGAGAAAGAACUAAAAGAACAGUUAUCCGAGCAGACACAAAAAUAUCACGUCAGGGAAGAAGAGGCCAAGAAGUGCAAGCAAGAGAAUGACAAGUUGAAGAAGGAGAUUUUCACUCUUCAGAAGGAUUUGCAAGAUAAGAAUGUUCUCCUUGAGAGUGCUCAUGAAAUGGAAAGAGCGCUAAGCAGAAAAGCAGAAGAGCUAAACAAACAAUUCAAAGACCUGCUGCAGAAAUACACGGAGGUAAAGACCGAGAAAGAGAAGCUGGUCGACGAAAAUGCCAGACAGACUUCGGAGAUUCUCGCAGCCCAGACCCUUCUGCAGAAGCAGCAUGUUCCGUUGGAACAGGUUGAGGCCCUCAAAAAGUCUCUGAACGGCACAAUCGAGAGUCUCAAGGAAGAACUGAAGAAUAAGCAAAGAUGUUACGAGAAAGAGCAGCAGACAGUGGCCACCCUGCAUCAGAUGUUGGAGAACCAGAAGAACUCGUCGGUGCCCCUGGCAGAGCAUUUGCAGGUUAAGGAGGCAUUUGAGAAGGAAGUGGGGAUCAUCAAGGCUAGCUUGAGGGAGAAGGAAGAAGAAAACCAAACCAAAACCCAAGAGGUCUCCAAACUCCAAUCCGAGGUGCAGAACACUAAACGAGCAUUAAAAAAAUUAGAGACGAGAGAGGUGGUUGAUUUGUCUAAAUAUAAAGCAACAAAAAGUGAUUUGGAGACCCAGAUUUCCAACUUGAAUGAAAAAUUGGCCAAUCUGAAUAGAAAGUACGAAGAAGCCUGUGAGGAGGUUUUGCACGCCCAAAGGAAGCAGCUGUCUGCAAAGGAUGAGAAGGAAUUGCUCCAUUUCAGCAUUGAGCAAGAAAUCAAGGACCAGCAGGAACGGUGUGAUAAGUCCUUAACAACAAUCACAGAGUUACAGAAAAGAAUACAGGAAUCUGCCAAACAAAUUGAAGCGAAAGAUAAUAAGAUAACCGAACUGCUUAAUGACGUGGAAAGACUGAAGCAGGCGCUCAGUGGCCUUUCACAGCUCACCUACCCGAGUGGGAGCCCCGGCAGGAGACAGAGCCAGCUGAUUGACAGCCUACAGAGCCAAGUAAAGGCCCUGCAGCAGCAGCUGGCUGAUGCCGACAGACAGCACCAAGAGGUAAUUGCAAUUUAUCGGACACAUCUCCUUAGUGCUGCGCAGGGUCACAUGGACGAAGAUGUGCAGGCGGCCUUACUCCAAAUCAUACAAAUGCGGCAGGGGCUUGUGUGCUAACUAAGCAGCCUGUGCUUCAGCUGCUGGUGCCGAGCCUUCCGUGUGCAAACCCACAGCCUUUCUGGGCCCUUUUGUGCUAGUAUCAUUGAAAUAAAAUAUAUUUUGUUUCAUCAGCAAGUUUUUUUUUUUUUUUAAUUAGAUGGGGAUGUUACUGAGUUUUUCAAUAGCAAUUCAGAUCUUAUAAUCUAUAUAUGUUAAUUUUAUGGUGAGGCAAACAAUGUAACACUUUGCCUCGGGUUGGCUAUGUAUUUUUAAGCCGUUGAGUCCCUAAUAAUAAAACAUAAGCCAUCUGUGUAGGUCCAUACGAAGAGGCGUUAGGCUGAAAUAAUUGUUUAAAGGUUUCUUUCAGAGAAAUUAAUUUGGUUAAGUGGAUCAAAAGAUCUUUCAGGCCUUCAGCUGAGCCACGAGAGCCUGACGUGAUUUUAAGGAAUAUGCACCAUAACUUGGCUGGCCGAGUUGCAUUUUUUAUUGAAGUAACCUAAUGAGUGCCUUUGACUUCUUUUGGAGGCACAGAUUUUUUUCUUCUAACUUUUAUGCCUCUUUCAAUACAUUUCUUUUCAUAAAUGGUGUACUGUACUAAAUUACGUUUAGAUUAAAAGCAGACCAGCAUAGAACAUAUCAGGAAUUUCUAAUACGAUGGCCUCAUAAUAUCCACAACAGUAUCUUAAUUUUUUACUUGUGGUGAUUUUUUUUCUUGCCACAGUAUCUAGAGAGCUAUGAUAGCUGGUAUCCUAGAUUUUUCAAAGUAUCAAAAUUCUUAGGCUUUUUUUUUUUUUUUAGCAAUUACUUUGACAUUUGCUACUAUAGUAACCAAACACUCAUUAUACAUGCAUCCUCCAAAUGUUUUGCACUUAUUUAUAGGAAAAUUGCACUAAUGAAAUUAAUAAUGUGAAAUGCAGUUUUCUUGCAAAAUUAGAGAACUAAUUUUAGAAAACAGAUUUUUAAGGUUUCAGAUGAAAGUGCAAUAAUAUAGUAAACUGUGAGAAUAUAGAUCACAAGGAAAAAAUAAAAUUGGCCACGUUUUAGUGAACACUUUAUUGUAACCAACCAUUUUUAUUAACCACAUCUCAUUAAGGAAAGUUUAUAUGUUUUGUUGUUUUUAUUAAUAUUUUGUUUUCCAUCCAGAUUGAAGAUUACUAACUUGACUGUUAGCAAAUAAACUGAACAAAUGAAUCCUUUCAGCCAGAUUUUCUUUCAAUCGCAAAGUGUGCCUUAGCAGUAAUCUUUGAGCAUCCUGAAAGAUUUGAAAGAUUUCUUAUUUUUUGGAAUUUUUUUUUUAAGUAAUCUCUGUGCCCAACGUGGGGCUUGAACUCAUGACCCCAAGGUCAAGAGUUGUGUACUCCACCGACUGAACCAGUAAGGUGCUCCCUGAGCCAGACUUUUUAGCCCAAUUCUGUAAAUAAUAACAAGGACAAAGAGCCAUCCGAAUAGCUUCUCCCACCAGAAGCCAUCAGAUUUCUUCAGUGUAGAAACCACAGUGAAAAGUCAGAAUUGGAUUUCUUUUUAAUUCUUUAGUUAUACACAGUUUACACGAGCAGUACUCAAAUUCCUUGGUUUUAUGCUUAAUGUUGUCCUUCUGCAUGAAGUCUGUUCCAUGAGUUUUAUGUAGGUCUCCUUUGAAGCUGUAGAGGAGAGAAAGUCCUUACUGAAUACUCACAUUUUCGUCUUGUAUUUUCCUUAUUAGAAGUGGGAGGGGAAACUUGUGUGUACUUUAUUUUGUCUUCAAUCACAAAUAAAAUGUUUUCUGUGGA